AUGGAGACAGUGAGAGAUUCCCCCCAGGAUCCCAACCCCGAGGGACCCUUCCAGCUCCGCAUCAUCGUGCUGGGGGACGCUGCUGUGGGCAAGUCCUCGCUGCUGCGCUGCUUUGCUGACGGGGCGGGUGGGGUCCUGAUGGGGCAGCCCCCUGGCCCCACCAUUGUCGUCAAGUUCUACAGCCAGACUAUCCUGAUGCUGCCCACUGGCAGGGCCAAGUUGCAGCUCUGGGACAUGGCUGGCCAGGAACAGUUCAGAUCCGUCACCAGGUCCUUCUACCAGAGUGCGGCGGGGGUGCUGCUGGUGUUCGACCUCACCAACCGGGCGUCCUUCGAGCACAUCACCAAGUGGCACCGUGAGGCUGCAAGGGACCGGCCACCCGCCUUUGUCCUGGUGGGACACAAGUGUGACCUGGUGGCCGAGCGAACCGUGUCAGCAGAGGAAACCAGGCACCUCGCUGCCACCCCAGGCAUGGCCUUUGUAGAGACCUCAGCCUGCAGCAACCUCAACGUGGAGCUGGCUUUCCAAACGCUGGCUGGGGGUAUCCAGCAGGCACUGGGCCAGGGGAUCCUUGCCCCACACCAGGGAUGUGAUGGCAUCAGGCUCAUCCCCAACCAGAGUCACUGGUAA